CAAGCAUCAAUCGAUUUUUAGUGUAAAACUCGUACUCUUCAUCGACCUGGCGUCGCAUUUUACUUCUACACCAGCCUCUUCCUUUAAUCGUCUUCAGACUUACAAUCGCAACACAAUGGUCCGCGUCACUCUCCUCGCUACACUCGCUUUUGCGGCCACCGCAUUUGCCCAAAUAACACCCAACAAAGCCGGCUCUAGCAACGUCGGCAAGGGCGACGGGUCGCAGUUCAUCACGGGGGGUUGCGUCGACGACUCGGACUGCUCAUCGGCCUGUUGCGCAGACGCGAGCGGCGUGGGCGUGUGCUCAGCCGAGGCGGCGCAGUUCCAGAACGGCAAGAACGGGUGUAACUUUGUCGACCCGAACCGGGAGGCGACCAUCGCGGCGGCGCAGGCUCAGGCCGAGAAGCAGGGUUUCUAA